GCAGGCAACCAACACCGCACUGCGCUCACCGCAGCACUAUCGCCUCGCCAGCCGCCACCAUCGCAAGGCAAAAGGUACCCGAGGUAGCACUAGCGUCCGACCACCGCUAAUCCCAACCAAAAGGUCGUCGUUCGUCGUGGAUCACCAGCGGCAGCUCGGUUCCGUUGCAAUGGUGUCGUCUCCGUCCCCUUCACCAACCUUCACCUCCGCGCUGUCCGACACGAAGCAGCAGCACGCCACGACGACGGCCUCGGAGAAGGUGGACCAGAAGUACGCGCACGCCGCGACGCCGCUGCACAGCCACGGCAAGAAGACGCCGCGGCGCGGGCGGAGCGAGGGCGGCGCGGCCGACACGGCGUACGUCGCGGCGGUGUCCUGCUCCGACUGCCGCUUCAAGCAGCGCGCCGUGGCGCCGGCGUCGCCGGGGGCCGUCAUCCGCUCGCUCUUCGUGUCCCUCACCCGCCGCUCCACCCCGCGCUCGUCGCCGUCGACGACGGCGACCUCGGCCUCGGACGGCGGCGAGCAGUGGCGCCUGGCCGCCGCCGACCUCUCGCGGCGCCUGGACGCGGCCACGCGGACGCGGGACGACGCGGUGGAGGAAACCGCGCGGCUGCGGCACUCGCUGGCCGAGCUGGAGCUGAAGCUCGCGCGGCUCGAGGCGCGCGUGCUGCCCACUCCCGCCGCCGCGGCCGCCUUCCCCGUCGACGCCUUCCUGCGCGCCGUCUCCACGGCGCGCGCCACGGUGCGGAGCCUCACGCGCGCGCUCUCAACCCACCUCCGCAGCGCCGCCAGCCCGGGCCCCAGCCUCGAGAGCUACCUAAACCGCGCCUUCCACGCCGACUUCGAGCUCGACACGGACGGCGACGUGCACACCGCGGACCCGGCGGGCCGCUGCGAGGCCAACCUGGCGGCGUACCACGCCGUGGCGGCGCUCACCUGGGAGGAGGUGCUCGUGCGCGGCACCAAGCACUACAGCGAGGGGCUCAGCCGGUUCUGCGACGCCAAGAUGAGCGAGGUGGUGUCCUCGCUCGGCUGGGCGCGCGCGCGGCCCUGGCCGGAGCCGCUGCUGCAGGCCUUCUUCCUGGCCGCCAAGGGCGUGUGGGGGGUGCGCCUCCUCGCGCGCUCCGUGCACCCGCCGCUCCCCGUCGUGCGCGUCGACCGCGGCGCGCGCUUCGACUCGCGGUUCAUGGAGGACGCCGCGGCGGCCCGCGCCGGCCGGCUCGAGCCCGUCAGCGUCAAGAUGAUGGUGGCGCCGGGGUUCCACGUCUACGUCGCCGGCGCCGGCGUGGUCAAGUGCAAGGUCGUGUGCUUCUACAACAACGGCCGCACCGGCAGCCACAGGGAUGGCGGGAGCAGCGCCAAUGGCGGUGUGGGGCUGGGGAGCGCCUGUAGCGAUCUGAACGGUGGUGUUACGGAUGCGGUGAACAACUGCAAGAGCAGCAGGGUGCUAUAGUUUAAAAAAGAAAGAUACGACGGUGGAUUUUAUUUGUGUGGUAAAAAAACAGAACUUGUUGCAUUUGAUCGAUUUGUGAAUAUGGGGUGAGUUGAAUCUUGAAUAGUUUCGUACA